AUGCCACCUCUAUCUUGGAUGAGGCCCGAAGCAGACCUGGAGCACUUCCAGCCAAUCCGGUCGGCUCCUCGUGCGCUUAUGGGCAAGGCUUGUGUCAUGGCAACCCGCCGUGACUGGAAGAAGGCUCUUGAGUGUUUCAGAAAAGUAUUGCAUCGAGCGUCUCCACCUGCACCACGAGAUGGAGAACAGCUAAAAAUGCUGAAAGAGGUGCGUUUCGCCCUCGCGACGUGCUUUGCCGGUUCGCACCUCAGUAACUAUCCUCAGCUGUGCAGCUUUCGUAGUUGA